UAUUUACCUAGUCCACUUUUCAAUAAUUCAUGUGCUUCAUUAUUCAUUUUCUUCUCAUAGAUAACAGUUUGGGAGGAGAUUUGCUUGUUGCUGUUUUCUUCACAAAUUUUGAAAGAGAUCUUGGUUUCUUGCUUUUACAAACUUAAGACCCUCUAAGGAUACAAGUAUCAUCUCAUCUACCUCACUUGUCCAGUUUGUUUCUUCUGCCUAUGAAGUUUGUGCUUAACAAAAAGACAAGGAGGUUUGUGGAUCAUUUUAACUGACCUUUUGGUUUCAUCUUUCCAAAUAAUUUGAAGAACAAACCAGGUGGAGCAAGAAUCUUAAUAGAUGUUGGGUUUUUAAACUGCAGUGAGCUUAUAAUAUGGAUUGGAUAUUGUCAUCUGUUGAAGUGAUAAGGAGCUUUGGGGGUCCAUACAUAAAUCAUCAUCGGAAACUUGAAGAUUAUAUGAAUGAGCUUCGAGGAAAUGUGAAUAGUCUAAAUUCCCGAAAGCGAGACCUCGAACUAAAAAUGGAAGCAGAGGAGCGUUGUGGGAAAAAGAUGAAGAAAGAAGUGGCGAACUGGCUCAAAGAUGUAGAAAAGGUCGGCAAUGAAGUCAAAAACAUUGAAGAGGAGUUCCCUUCUGUUUCAUUCUUGUCACGUGGCCGUCUAGGAAGUUUUGUUUGCCAAACUAUUGAAAACGUAAACAAAAUUUACCAACAAGGUAGUUUCCUUGACGGUGUGGCAGUUGAUGGGCCUCCAGCCACCGGGGUGACAUUACUAACAUCAAAUCUAGAAGGUGAAAUCGAUGUAAAAGAACAAAUUUGGAAGUAUUUGAUGGGUGAUGAGGUUGGAAUGAUUGGAGUAUGUGGAAUGGGUGGUAUAGGGAAAACUACCAUUAUGAAGCAUAUCAAUAAUCAGUUGUUGAAGGAUAAUCGGUUUGAUCAAGUGAUAUGGGUCACUGUAUCAAAAGAAUUGAAUAUUUUCAAAUUGCAAGAAGAUAUUGCAAAUUCUUUGAAACAAGCUCUUCCAACAACUGAAUUGCAACGAGCAGCACAAUUAAAGAAUAUUUUGGAGGGAAAGAGAUAUGUGUUGAUCUUAGAUGAUGUUUGGAAACGAUUUUCUCUAUUGGAUGUGGGAAUCCCUAAACCAACGUUAGGAAUGAGGAGGAAAGUUGUACUCACUAGUAGAUUGAUUGAGGUCUGUGAGUCUAUGGGUUGUGAGGUGGUCAAAGUGCAACCGCUUUCAAAGAAUGAGUCCAUGAACUUAUUCUUACAUCACGUGGGGCCUGAAGUUGUACAGGAUCAAAAUUUAAAAGACAUUGUCAAUAAAAUUGUUGAGAAAUGUGGCGGUUUACCACUUAGCAUUGUGACGAUCGCCGGGAGCAUGAAGAAGGUAGAUGAUAUUUGUGAGUGGAAGAAUGCACUAAUUGAAUUAGAGGAGCGUGUGAAAAGUGUGAAAGGAUCGGAUAUUGAAAUAUUUGAGCAUUUGAAGUUUAGUUAUGAUCGUUUGGAAGAUCAAAAAAUCCAAAAUUGUUUCCUAUAUUGCUCCUUAUAUCCUGAAGAUUAUAUAAUUAGUAAAGUAGGAUUAAUUGAAAAUUGGAUAGAUGAGGGACUCCUUGACGGCUUACAGACCAGAGAAGCAAUGCAUCACAGAGGUUAUAGCAUUUUAAAUAAGCUUGAAAAUAAUUGCCUAUUAGAGAGGGCUGAAGAUUUUAUUGAUGGAGUUAAGAUGCAUGAUGCUUUAAGGGACAUGGCGUUGUUGUAUAUUAAAGGUCAUCAGUUCAUGGUAAAAGCAGGUAUGCAAUUGAAAGAAUUCCCAAGUGAGCAAGAAUGGACAGUGAGUGUUGAGAAAGUUUCCUUGAUGCAAAAUUCAAUAUUAGAAAUUCCUCCUCACAUAUCACCUAGAUGGCCUCAUUUAUCAACUUUGAAACUGCAAAAUUGUGGCUUACAAAGGAUUUCAGAAUCUUUUUUUAAGCACAUGCCUGAGUUAAAAGUUUUAAAUCUUUCACAUAAUAUUUUCUUAAAGUAUCUGCCGAAGUCGAUCUCAAACUUGAAAACUCUCAAUGCAUUGAUACUCUUUUGUUGUAACCAGUUAAAAUAUGUGCCUUCCUUAGUAGAGCUCACAUCACUAAGAAAGUUGGACCUUUCGGGUACAGGAAUUGGAGAGGUUCCUCAUGGCAUAGAGAUGUUAGAAAACUUGAGAGAUCUUCGUAUGAGGUCAUGGGCUUUAAAAGAGCUACCAGUAGGAAUAUUACGGAGGAUUUGUCAUCUCCAAUGCUUAAUGCUAGAGGAUACGUUUGUAAAGGGAGAAGAAGUAGGCCAAUUGAGGAAGCUCGAGUGGGUUUCAUGUUCAUUUCGCAACGUGCAAGAGUUUAAUAAAUACGCAGAGUGUACGCAAGGUAAAUGGCCUACAUCUUUCUUUUUUCAAAAAAAGGUUGAAUUUAGAAAUUUGGAGAUAGAGAGGUGUGAUGAUAGGGUGGUCCCACAUGACCUUCAAACUUUAACUAUUGACAAGUAUGAUGAUUUCAAAUGUUUAAACAACAUUCCUUUGUUUCGUAAGGCGACUGACUGGAAGGAAUGUCGAAUUUGGCAGUGUAAAGGGAUGGAGUGUGUGGUUGACUUGUCAUUAUCGUCUUGUGACGCACUUGACAACAUUGAGGAGUUACGCCUAUUUUUGUUGAAAAACUUGCGUGAAGUUGUGAGAGUAGGAGUAGCAGUUGAAAUUGAAUCUACCUCUCAUUCUCCAACACCACCUGCCAUCUUCUCUUCUCUUAAAAAAUUAGAUAUCAGUUUUUGUUCGAGGGUGAAGAAGUUGUUUCCAGUUGAGCAGUUGCAAGGCCUCCCAAACUUAGAGAAUAUUGAUGUUAGAUAUUGUGAUGAAAUGGAGGAAAUAAUAGCAUCAGAAGAAAAUCACAAAGGAGAAGGAACAACAUUUAUUCUUCCCAAAUUAAAAUCAUUAGUCUUGGAAGAAUUACCAAAAUUGAAAAGCAUUUGCAGCGGUGGACUUAUGAUUCCUGCAGAUUCUCUCCAAUUUCUUCAUAUAGUUGAAUGUCCAGAAGUUAAGAGGAUCCCUUUGUCUCUUCCCCUUGUUGAAAAUGGGAAACCAUCUCCUCCUCCUUCUCUACCAAAAAUGACAGUAAGCCCGAGAGAAUGGUGGGAAUCAGUGGAAUGGGAUCAGCCUGAUGCUAAGGAGGUCCUUUCUCCCUUUGUUCAAUAUUGGUAGAAUGAGAUGGAGAAUUGGUGUUUGAUUAAUUGUGGCUGUAAGGCUCUUGCUUCUUAUUAAGAACUGCAAACAUUAAUUGUGAGUUUAUUUUCAUCUCUUUCUCAUUUGCUAAAGAAUUACUCUGAUGCUCCAACACCACCUACCAUCUUCUCUUCUCUUAAAAUAUUAGAUAUGUGUAGAUGUUCGAAGAUUAAGAAGUUGUUUCCAGUUGAGCUGUUGAAGAGCCUCCAAAACUUAGAGGAAAUUAGUGUUAGCAGUUGUGAAGAAAUGGAGGAAAUAAUAGCAUCGGAAGAAAAUCACAAAGGAGAAGAAAUGGAAUCAGCCUGAUGCUAAGGAUGUCCUUUCUCCCUUUGUUACAUAUAAUUAGAAUGAGAUGGAGAAGAGCUAUUCGAUUAAAUGUGGCUCCACGGCCCUCAAUGGACUUGUUCUCAACCAAACUGAUGAUACAAGACUUCACAUGGAAUGCAGAAAGCCAAGCAUACACUAGUUCAGAUAAUGGAGGAAGAGGUUGUGGUUGCGCCUUUUGGUUUGAUAAUUUGAUUGAUUACAAACAGUUUCAAUCAGUAGGGCAGGAUCUAUAUGUUAGAAUGUCUGCUUCAAAAUCAGAAUUGAAAGAUAAGCUUAGGAUGGAGCUUGCUGCAGUGAUUAGAACACUACUGUCCUGUGCUUUCGGGGCUGUUUAUUGUCAGUUAUUACAUUUACAGAAGCCCCAGAAAGUUGAAAGGUAACUUUGAUAUAUCCUUCACAAAAAUGCUCAUUUUGUUCCUUUGUUAAAAAUUACUUUGUUAAUAGUGAUGCUAGCAAAUCAACAUGCAGUUUCUUCAAUGCUUAUCAGUGUGAAAAUAGAGUUUUUAAUGAAGCAAAUGACUGGAGAUGCAUGGUCUUGUGUGAUCUCAAAAACCACAUCAGCUUUUUGUCCAAUUAUCUAGCUCAAUCAAAAUGCAUAAGAAUCUAUCAUAUUUUAUGGUGAUUGCCAAGCCUAUUUUGGCUACUGUUUCAGAGAAACAAAAGACAAUAAGGAAAAUGAUCAAGAAAAUCAAGGCCAAGAUGAAGACAUGGAGCUUCCAAUAUUUGAGCCUCAUACCAUAGCUCGUGCUGCUGAUAGCUUUUCUGUGGACAUCAAGGUAAGGGAAGGUGGUUUUGGAACUGUUUAUAAGGGGACACUAGCAAACGGACAAGAAAUUGCUGUGAAGAGGCUUUCAAAAAGUUCUGGACAAGAUUGAAAGAGUUUAAAAAUGAAGUAAAAUUGAUUGCCAAACUUCAACAUCAGAAUCUUGUAAGGCUUCUUGGGUGGUGCAUUCACAGAAAGUAAAGACUGCUGGUUUAUGAGUACAUGCUUAACAGAAGCCUUCACUCA